UCUCUGCCCCCCUUUCUCUCUCACACACACACACAGAGACACACACUUGCACCCAUGGGAAGCCACCCCACCCCUGGGCUCCAGAGAACCACAUCAGCUGGGUACCGAUUGCCCCCCACCAGGCCGCCAGCCUCAGUCUCCCCAGCUGCACAGGGUAGCCCUAUAGCCGGCAGAGGUCUUGCUGGUGGCUGCCAGGCCCCCCAGGCUCCGAAGGUGCAGCGGGUGGCCCAGGGAGCUGCCUGCAGUGAAGUGCAGCAGGACCAGCUGUGGCGGGAGCUCCUGGAAGCCGAGCGGAGGGGCCAGCAGCGCUGGGUUCAGAACUGGAGUUUCCUGAAAGACUAUGACCCAAUGGGCAAUAAGAAGGAGCCUGAGAAGCUGCCAGACCAUGUUCCUCUCUUUUCGGAUACAGUCCCCAGUUCCACGAACCGGGUUGUGGGCAGCAGGCUGGACACGCCCCUGGGACAGACCCUCAUCCACAUGGACUUCUUCUUCACAGAAGGGGUCCGGAAGAAGAAGCUGGAGGAGGAGAUGCAGCCCAUCUAGGAGCAAGGAGGGCUGGCUGGCCUUCCUCAGGUCGGCGUGGGUGGGAACCAGAGAUCCGGCCCACGACAGCACCAGUCAGCUCCCCACACAAGGCAGCUGGGGCUGCACUGUCUCUAAGCUGCAGGACACCCUUCCAGAAGGCUCCACUGGGUCAUUCUUACACUUUUUACACGUGAGAUUCAGAGGACUCAGUAACCCGUCCACGGCCACACAACCCCCAGCCCUUCCAGCUCGGGAACCCCUGGGUGCCCCACGAAAGGGACCCUGCACUGCGGUCGGGGGCACUGAAUGCCACGGUUCAAGUCCAGCGCGUGACUCUGAUGAGCUGCGGAACCUGGAGCUGGCUACUGCAGCAGCCGCUGCUGUUCCUCCGUCUCCUCUCCCGUGAUACGGUGUGUUCACUCCUUGCAGCUGCUGUGACAAGUGACCGCAAACUAUGUAGCUUAAAACAACACAAAUGUAUCAUCUUACAGCUCUGAAGAUCACAACUGCGACAUGGUGUCACUGGGCCAAAGUUGACAUGUUGCAGAGCUGUGCUCUUUUAGGAGGAUCUGGGGAAGAAUCUAUUUCCACUUUUUUUCCGGUUUCUCAAGGCAGCCUGCAUUCCUUAGCAGCUCCUUACUCCGUCUUCAAAGCCAGCAUUCUAGCAUCUUCAAAUCCAGUCUCUAUCAUUCUCUCUCUCUCUCCUGCC